AUGCCGCUUCCCAAGAGACUGGUUGAACCAGUCCAUGUUGCACGUGGUACAAUACCCGAGGCAUUUCCAUUACCAUCAGAAUUAGAAGCAGCAACAAAUGGUACAUUGGCUAAUACCAUAAGACAAUUAUCAAGUUUGUCAAGACAUGCUGAGGAUUUAUUUGGUGAACUUGCUAGAGAAGCACAUACAUUGAGUGAUCGUGCCAAUUCAUUACAAGCAAGAAUUGAUAGACUUGCUGUUAAAGUAACACAACUUGAUAGUAAUGUUGAAGAAGUUUCAUUACAAGAUAUUCACAUGAGAAAGGCAUUUAAAAGUUCAAUUAUAUUUGAUCAGCAAGUUGUAUCUCGUGACACAAUGCCAACUGCAAUGCUUGAAACAUAUCGGCAAUGCGACACUCCUCCUCCACUUGAUAAGCUCAAUGUUUACAGGGAUGAUGGAAAAGAUGGUCUUAAAUUUUAUACUGAUCCAAAUUACUUCUUUGAUUUAUGGAGUCAAGAAAUGCUCAAGGAUACAGAAAAGAAAAUUCAUGAUCGAGGGAAAAAGACUGAAUCUGAAUAUGACGAACCGUUCAGAAAGCCACAUAGACCAAGAAACGACGGUGGAAGUGGUGGUGGUGGUGGAAGACACAAAAAGCGUGUAAGACAACCACACAAUACACGUGAAAGACAACGACAAAUUGCUGUUGGUCACGGUGAAUAUAUAAUGCCAACACAAAAUGUGCAAUAUAGAGCUUCAAAUAAUAUGCCAGAAGAAUCAUUAUUGGGUAUGGUUAUGACUGAUCCAAGACCACCAAGACCAAAUAGCAUUGAAAUACGUAGAAGUUAUCCAGAGGAACAACAUAUUUAUAGUCCUCCAAUUGGAAACGAUCAUUACAGGCCAAACUACGCACAACAAGGUUACGAUGAUGGAAGUAUAUAUAGUUCUCACUAUGCACCUGGACAAAGUGCAGCAGGUAGUGAAACAUAUCAAUCACCAGGUGGUGGUACACCAAGUCGUAAUAAUAGACGUCCAGCUCAACCACCACCAGCACCACCAAGUAAUGCAUCAAGUAAUUCAACACCAACAAUAUCAUCAGCAAAUAAUACACCAACAAGAGGUAGAUCAAUGAGUACAGGUAGAGAUACAUUACCACCUCCACCACCACCACCUGGUGAAACAAUGUCACCACCAGCAAUGAAUGGUACAAUACCAGUAAAUUUUAUUAAUCAUAAUGGCAGUAGAUCAAGUAGUCCAUUACCAACACAUACAAUGACAAUAGGUAUUGAUGAACCAGAUCCAGCACCACAGGAUUUACCACCACCACCACCAACACCUGAUCCAGUACCUCGUCCAGAAUCACCACCUUGUAACAUUCCACCACCACCACCACCUCCACCACCACCAGUACUCAAUGAUCCAUUACCACCACCACCAAUGACUAAUGGAGAUAUUGCUAGAAUGAUUGCUGCUAAUCCACCAAAAUUAAAACCACUCAAGAGUAUUAAUGAUGAACAAUUUAGAAAAGGACAACUUCCAAAUAUUCCAAUUGUUGAUCCACGUAAUGAUUUGCUCAAAGCCAUUAGAGAUGGAAUUAAAUUACGAAAAGUUGAAAAAAAUGAACAAAAAGAAGUUGAACGUGUUAAUGCACUUAAUGAUGUUGCAUCUAUAUUAGCUAGACGUGUUGCACUUGAAGUUAGUGACAGUGAUUCAGCAUCAGAAAGUGAGUGUGACAGUGAGGGAUGGGGUGAACAAGAUUCAACUAUGGCGUGACCCGUGUCAUAUCAAUCGACUAUUACAUCUGUCACAUAAUUAACUAAUAAUAAUUAUAUCAAUUUGGAAAAUAUUACCAAUCAAUGCUCACAAACAUUGUCAAGAAUUUUAGGUAUGCCAAGACAUAUAUUAUUUAAUUAUUUUUAUUAUUAUUAAUAAAAAUAAUAAUAAUAAUACUAAUGAAAGAUAAAUUUUUCAUAAAUUUUAUGAAUAUAGUUAGAGAAACUGAAUUUUAUUAUGAAAAAGAAAAUUGAAAAAAAAAAGAAUGCGCACAAACAUAAUUGCAUGCAGAACUGAUUUUUUUUUUUCUCUGAAAACCAAGAAUUAUAUAAAAUCAUUUUUAUAUUUUAUUAUUAUUUUUUUAUUAAAUUUUCUUUUUUUUUCUUUCUUUUGAACAUUCCGCAAUUUUCACUUUAACACAUGUCUGAGAAAUAAGAAAGAAAAAAAAAAAUAAACAAUUAAAAUUAUUCAAAGAUUUUUCAAAGUUUAUAUAUAUAUAAAUAAAUAGAUAAAAAUAAUAAUAAUUAAAAUAUACAUUUUUCUGAUGCGGAAAUGAAGCUCAUUUUUAAAAAAGUUAAAUUUUCAUUUUUUUCAUUACUUUGAUAAUAUAUAUCCCGAAGCGGGGCUCGGUGGCGUAAAAUGAAAAAAAUUAUAUUUAAAAUUUAAAUUGUUGAAAAACCAAAAUACUCCAUUUAAUCAAUAAAUUGUAAGAAAAUUUUUUGCAACCAGGGAGAGUAUCUUAUCUUGGAAUUUAUUUUUAGAAUUUUAUUAAUCUAAAAAAAUUUAAAAAAUUAAAAUAAAUAAUGAAUGAACGAAAGUAAGUAAAUUAACAUAAUUUCUUCCAAUUUACGAAGUCUCCUUGUCUCCGUUAAAAAAAGAAAAAUAAUAAUUGUGAUUUUAUUUUUCAUAUAAUAUUGGUCAAGUACAACACUGAUAAUAUAUAAAAUAUAGAAAAAAAAAAAAUUACAAAAGUAUAAUAGCAUGUACAUUGAUCGUUAAGAAUAUGCAUAAUUAUUUCAAUAAAAAAAAAUUUAUAUUAUUUUUUUCAAAAUUAAAAGCGUAAUUUAAUUAAAAAUUGCAUGUAAAUUUUGAAAAUUAUUAAAUUUUUUUUUUUUGUUAUUAUUAUUUUAAUAGAUAUUUUUCAUUUUUAUUUAAAAAAAAAAUAUAGCCAUGUACUAAAUACAAGGUUUAAAUUAAAAAAAAAAAACAAAAUAAAAUUCGCCAAAAUAAUGCGAUAUUUACGAUUUAAUAAGCAACGACAACGUGUACAUUUUUCAUUUAAAUUUUAAGCCUUAGUCAGAUGUUAAAUAUAAUUAAUAAAUAAAUAAUAAUAAAUAAAUAUAACUCUUUUAUGUAACGAUGUUUAUAUGAGUAUAUAAAAUAUAAUGAUACAUAGCAAUUUAAAAAUUUAUAAUAGAAAAAAAAAGAAAAUGAUCGUCAAAAUAGGAUAAUCUAGUGUCAAGUAUGAUGCAGUAUUUAUUCUGCUAAAAAAAAAAAUACAAUUUUCAUCUUCGAUUAUUAUAAAUCUCGUAUAUAUUAUUUUUUUUUUUUAAAUUCUUAAAUCCGUUGUAAUCCGAUGAGAUGAUAUAUGUUUAUUAUGUUUAUAUAUUACUUUAUAAAUUUUUGUUUCGAUGAAAAAAAAAAAUAUACUUUGGGUGUGGCUAUCAUUAACGAUUAAUCGUACAUUUAAAGAAAAUAGUUGCGCACGCAUGUUUAAAUACAUCUCUUCGUACUCAUCAAAAAAAAAAUAAAUAAAACAAAUACUAAUUAACACGGUGAUACUACCGAACCCUCGAAUAACCAAACAAAAUUUAAAUAAAAAAUAAACUUUAAAAAUUGAAAAUUUCUAAUACAAAAUAU